UGGUACUUCCACCCAACCUUACACGAAGGAGGAGGAGGAGAAGAUGGUCUCCAUCCUGCAGCAGAGGAAGGAGAAGAAGGAGCCCAAGAAGAAGGCCCUGCAGGCGGAGCAGGCAGCCAAGCUGAAAAAGAUUGAGGAGGAGAUGGCCAGAGAAAAGGAGAGAUUUAAGAAAGAAGAAGAGGAGAAGUUGAAAGAGGUGGAUGAGGAAGAAGAGGAAGGACCGCCACUGCAAAGGAGGAAUGGGCAGCACAGUGGCAGCAAAGACGAAGAGAUGGAAAAACGGAUUUCGGAGUGGGUCACCAACUUAUCCCUGGGUGAAGAGGAAGAGGUCACUAUGUACAUCCCCAAGGAUGAGCAAGACGCCGCUAUGAAAAGAUGGGAAGCAGAAGAAGAUGUUCUGACGCGGCGGGCGAUGGAGGAUGAACAGAGGAUGGCGUGGAAGCUCGCAAUGAUGAGGGAGAAGAAGAGAAGAGUGGAGGCGGCGAAUGCAGCAGUACAGGAAUUGGAGGAGGUGCAGAAACUGAGUUUACAGUUGACUCCCCAGGUAGAUCUCCAGCGGAAGGUGGAGAUCAUCGCCCAGAGCGUCGAGCGUUUAGCAAAAGUGCAAGAAAAACACUUAGAGUUUAGUCGCAGCCAGGAGAUAUCUGUGCGUUCGAUGCGAACGAGAUUACGAGACUUUGCUCGCGAGUUAGUAGGCGCUGUGGGGUCCGAGGUGAGUCACCGCCUCGAGAAGACUGAGCGUUUUUGUGUCAGCGCCAUCGAAGGCGUCAAGGUGCAAGCUCCCAAGGAGGAGGAGACUCGUCCUCGCAGGGAGCCGGUCAAAGUCAAAUUCCCUGAUUCCUACAGUGGGAAAAGGGAAGAGAACUUUGACAACCGGGAGGCCAACAUCAAAACCUAUGUGCACCUGCAACAGGUCUCCCCAGAUCAGCAUGUCUUGAUUGCCAUCCACGUGCUUAGGGAUGAGGCUGCUAGUUUCACAAGGUCCCUAGUCCGCGCCGCCAAUUGCAAUGAUGAUGCAGUUGCAUACUCAUCAUUCACCCCUCUCGUUGACUUUAUGAAAAUGCUGCGCGAGCGAUUCGUAGAUGUCGCUCGAAGUGUCAAAGCCUCAGAUAGGCUUCAGACCAUCCACUCGCGCCAAUGGAAGAGUGCCAGGGCACUCAAAGGCACAAUGGACGAGCUAGUGGCUGUUCUUGACCAUGGGGUCACUGAGACCCAGUUGGUCAACCUCUUCUACAGGGCUAUGCCCGAGUUGCUGCGUGGCCACUUCUUUACGAAGAGCCAGUACCCUGCUAUGACCUAUGACGCACUUAGCAGGGAGGUGGUCGCGUUUGAGGCGAAGUCUGUGUCAGUUUCCACUUUCUGGCACAAGGACUUAGACAAGGGAAAGAAGUGGAAGGGCCGCACUAUCUCUGGGCAAUUGAAGACUAAGGAUAGUCUUGUCCUAACCUUAGAUGAGGGUAGUGUGGACGAAAUCCCCUACGAUCAGAUCGAGUGGGGGUUGGAGGAAGAGGACAGCGGUGUGGGCCAGGGGAGAUCUUACGCUGCUGUCGCGGCCGGAGGGAGGCCGCAAGGAGGAGGACGAGGCCAGGGCCAAGGGGGCCGGGCCUCAGGGGGAUCAGGGGGUUGGCGGCAGAGGAGGAAACCGCCAAGCGAGAGGAAGGGGUCAAGGUCCCCCGCAAAACCGCCCUAGGAAUAGGUCUCCGUAUAGGGUAGGAGGAUGGCACCCAGGGCUACCGCAGGGUAGGCCUUGGGAAACUUUGGGUCUGGACCAGGGUUUAUAGCAACAACGAUUGGACCAGGGCCAGUGCAAUUUCUGCGGUGACCCGAGCCAUAUCAUCAAAUAUUGUCCUAAGUAUCGAGAGACCCGAACGGCUGCUCAAGGGCCAAAAGGCAGCCGCCGGUACGGGUAGCAACUACCCCUACCACUAGGCCAUGUGGGGAACAUAGCGCUAGCCGGCAGGAGACUCCCACACCACAUGUGCCUAUGGCAGAGGUUGCAGGCCGGUGUCUAGAUGGCUGUCCAGAGACUGCUUGUGUUAGAGUCUCUCUAGACACCUCCCUCACAGGCGUGGUCGAAGAGUUGAAGGAGAGGAUGCCCGCCUGGGCCAAGAUGAGAAAGGAAAAUAAAGGGCAGCUUACAUU